CAAGUGCUAUAAUGUAUGCAUUUACUAUUAUCAUCAGUAGUUUCCAGUAGAGCAUUGUGUUCUUCCUUCAAAUGGAUUUUUAGUGACACUGGUAUCAAGUUAUCUUUGCUAAGUGAUAUUUGACUAUGAUUUAAAAAUUAUGCUUGAUAACUAUGCAUUCAAUUAACUAUAGUGUAUCAUCAGAACAAAAAAGCAGUUGUAUAAUUCUUGGAUGAAAUAAACAUUUUCAGUGCUAUUAAGAUAUUUUCAUUCUAUUGUUUACAACCUAGUUUAAAGAAUGUAACAGCAAGUUGUAUAAAAUGUCUUAGAAUUUUAGUUUUUGAGGAUUUUCUAUUUGUGCUUGUCAGACGUAUUUAAGGGCAUGUAUCCCUGGCCCCAUAUAUAUUAUAUGUUUUUAAUUUUAAUUUUUUAAUAAGUAAUCUCUUAAACAUGUAUAUGAUUCUUUUCCAGCGGGGUAUCAUCAUCUACUUGUUAAAAUCCUAAUAAAUGUUCACAUAUUGAAAUAUCUGGAUUUUGGAAAUUCAUAAUUACAUCAACAAUUGUUAUCUGCUGUCCAUGUGUCCAAAGUAAUUGAGAAAUUAUUAGUUUUUAAAACUUUAUUCAAAGUGAUUUUAUUUAUAACAUCUGGAGGAAUAAAUUUUUUUCAUCUAUAAUUUGGAAGCCAAGUCGUAACAAAAUGAAACCAGUAAAGCAUCUGUUGACCACCAGUAACAAAUCGGCAACUCUUCCAGCAUUAACCAGCAAAAAAGGACUACAUAAUUUACCACUAUCACCUAAACUGAAGGAAAAACAUAAUGCAAAAUUAAUUCAUGAUAAAAUUGAACCAAUGGUCCUGAGAUCUCCACCAACAGGAGAAUCCAUUGUACGGUAUGCUUUGCCCAUUCCAUCGAGUAAGACAAAGAACUUACUACCAGGAGAUGAAAUGAUUGGAAAAAUUAUCAAACAUCUGAAGAUGGUUGUUUCCACUUUGGAAGAAACCUAUGGACACUGUGAUCAGAAUGGAGAAGAACCAUUUGUAAAGCGUGAACAUGAAGAAUUAUCUUUAUCUGUUGGGGAUGAUAUGAAUUCAUUCUUGACAUGUUGUUCACAAUUUGCAACUCAGCUAGAAGCAGCACUUAAAGAAGAACAAAAUAUUUUGGAAUCUCUUUUUAAGUGGUUUCAGUGGCAAGUCAAUCAGAUGGAAGAAAUAAGUAAAGAUCAAACUCUUUUACAAGCAGAGCCUCCAGAACCUGACAAAACAGUCACUUUAAGUAUUGCACAAAUAGUACGCCUUUUACAAAGAUUUGAAGAACUGAAGAAUCGCCUUAAACAGAGGUCUAAAUCCUCCUGGAAAGUCAUGUUGUCUAAAACCAUGGAUGAAGAAAAUCGACGAGAAGCAGUGAAAAGUUGUGAAGCUGUAGCACAGAAAAUUGAAGAAUUCAUAGAAGCCCACUCAACUGAUGAAUUUAAAGGUGUUUCUGCAACAGAACCACAAACUGCUCAUUCAAUGACUAAUCGAUUUAAUACCAUGUUGAAAGUAUUUGAAAACCAGGCAAAUAUGUUGGAGAGAGCUGUAAAUGAUCAAGUUUUGUUAGAUGCUGAAUACAAACAGAUGCAACGUGAUUUUCAGUUGUUAUCAGAAGAGAAGUUGGUGCUGGAAAAUGAACUACAAAAGUUGAAGGACACAGAGAAAAUUAAGUCUACAAAUAAUCGAACAAAGAAAGCUGCGAAAACAGUGAAGAAAAAAGACAAAGGAAAAUCUGAGGAUUCAGAAAAGAAGAUGUCUUCAGAAAAAGAGUUUAAAAUAAAAGAAGAUUUGGAUCAAGUACAGAAAGUAGCACGUCUGGAAAUUGAGAACAAAGUCCUUCAGGAGCAAUUGAAACAGGCUUUACAGGAAGCUGAAAAAGCUAAGCAUCAACUUAACUAUUUCCUAAGUCAAGAGAGGAAGUUACUUAAAAGUGAGGGGAAAACUGAGACAACCAUGCGAGUGGGUAAUAGUCAAACAGAAGUUAAAGGUGAAGAUUCAAAAACUAUACAAUUGGAGAAGGAAACAGGAAAAUCACUGGUUUCAGAUUCAGGUGGACAGAAGACAAGUGAUAAAAUCCAAGAAUAUCCACAGAUCACUGCCCAAAGCGGAAGACUGAUUGAAAAAAGCUCAGAGAAGAAACGAUCUAGCCCUGCUAUUUCAGAUCUUUCACAGAUCCUUAAGUCUCAAGCAUUUUUAGAGAGUUCAAAUGAAGUUUCAGUUGCUGAAAACCAAUCCAGUAAAUCUCCAUUAGAGACCCAUGAUAAAUCACUUACAACAGUAUCAUCCAGCAAAGAAGCUCAAGAUUCACUGUCUGUUGGAACAUUGGCUCAAAAAAGUGAAACAGUGAUGUCACCAUUCAUUUUACCUCCUGUUCUUACAGAAAGUAAAAAGGCUGAUGUUUCAGAAGAACAAUUACAAAAGAAGACUGAAGAACAAACUUACCAAGCACCAGAAAAAUCUCAAGGCAGUACAAGAAACAUGGUGCUGGCAUCUGCUUCUGGCGAGCGCCUCAGGGAGCUUCUACUCGUGGAGGAAGGUGAAGUGGGAGCAGAUGUGUCAUACGCUUACAGUGAAGUUCCGGAUGAAAAUCUUAUGGUUGAAAAUAAAGAUUCAGUAACAAAAGUCCAAGUAGAACAAAUGAAACAAAGAACGUUUAGUAUGGAAAGACGCAAGGCGAGUCUUACAACCCCACAAUCGCCUGAGGACGUGGUUUUAGUCUCAAGAAGUCAAUCUGAAACUAAAAAUCUUGAAACUACUGGAAAUGAGAGUUUUCAUUCUCAUAAUGAUGUACCAGAAGAAAAUCUUAUGCUUGAACAAGACACAAAGUCAAAAACGGAAGUGGAAGUAAAGAAACAAAAAUCUUUCCAAGAUAAUCAACUCAAUACUCAUAAUGAAGUACCAAAUGAAAGGCUUAUAGUUGAGCAUCAAGAAUCGAUGUCAAAAACCAAAUUGCAAGUAAAGAAACAAGAAACUUCUACAGAGCAACCACUCACCACUCAUGAUAAAGAACCAGAUGAAAAUCUUACACUUGGGCAUCAAGACUCAAUGUCAAAAUCAGAAAUGCAAGUGAAGGAACAAAGAACUCUCAAAGGGCAAAGAAUUACUACACAUGGUGAAGAAUCAAGUGAAAAUCCUAUGCUUAAACAUCAAGAUGCAGUGUCAAAAAUCGAAGUGCAAUUAGAGAAACAAGAAACUUCUGAAGGAGAAGGACGUAGCAUACCAGAUAAAAAUUCUAUGUUUGUUCAUCAAGAUUCAGUGUCAAAACUCCAAAUGCAAGAAAAGACAAAAGUAACUCCUGGAAGGGAAAGGCGUAAUACUCAUAUUGUAGCACCAAAUGAAAAUGUGGUUUCUGUUCAUCAAGAUUCAAAGUCAAAACUCCAAAUGCAAGAAAAGAAACAAAUAAAUCCUGGAGUGGAAAAGCACAAAACAUUUCCUUUUGAAAUCCAAAAAAAGGAUAUAUCACUUGAGCAUCUGUUGCCUGAGGAGAAAGUUUUAUUAUCAAGAAGAGAAUCUCAAAGCAAGAAACUUCAAGCUAAAGUAACUUCAAGAAAAAUUACAAAUGAAGCAGCCUCAGAACUUCCAAAUACAGCAGAAAAUCUUCCAGCAGUGUACCCAUCAAUUAGCGACCUAAUAAUUCGAUUGGAUUUAAACAAAGUGGUCGAGACUGAUAUAGAAAGCUUGAGAAGUGCUUUGGGAAGACGCUUAUUAAAUGAUGAAUUCAAGACACAGUCAAAGAGUUUCCCUGGGUCUGAAAUAGAACAGUUGACAGAUGCAUUUGGAAGAGAUAUACUAAAGGAUGAAUUCAAGACACGAUCAAAGAGUCUCCCUGAGACUGAUGAACGAUUGCGUCGUGCAACUGAGAGAGGUACAAUAAAUAAUGCAAUGAAGACACAGUUAAAGAGAAAGACUUACCCUGAGACUGGCCUAAAACACUUGAAAGGUGUUAAUGAAAAAGAUAUAAUAAAACAUCUAAUCAACAUACAGUCAAAGAGGCAUGCAGAGACUGAUAAGGAACACUUGGCAGAUGCUAUUCGAAGAGGUAUAAUAAAGGGAUCAAUCAAUGCACAACUAAAAGGUCAUCAGGAGACUGAUAAGAACUUCUUUGCAUAUGCUAUUGGAAGAGGUGUAAGGAAGGAGUCAAUCAAGACACAAUUAAAAAGUCACCCAGAGACUGAUAAGGAAUUCUUGGUAGAUGCUAUUGGAAGAGGUAUAAUAAUAGGGCCAAUCAUUAGACAACUGAAGAGUCACCAAGAGACCGAUAAACAACUCUUAAAAGAUGCUAUUGGAAGAGACACAAUAAAGGGACCAAUCAAUGCACAAUUAAAGAGUCACCAGGAGACUGAUGUAGAACCCUUGACAAAUGCUAUUGGUUCAAGUAAAACAAUUGGUGAGAUAAAGACACAACUAAGGACUCACUAUGAUGUGAACUUAUUUAAAAACAAAGAUAUGUCCGUACAACGUCAAGAAGGUAUUUUCACUAGGAGCAUUACACCAAGUAAAUUCCCAACAAAAGUGAUCAAUUUAUCACCCUUUGAAAAUAAAGAGGAAACUUAUGAGUACUCUUCACCCUAUGUGAUUGCACCUUCAAAAGCAGUUUAUAGAACAUAUAGGGCUAGUUCAAGCUUUUCUAAAGACAUCCAUCUUCCUUUACUGAAUCAACUCCCUUCAGGGCAUUCGAAAGUUGUUACCUUAAACCAAAAAACUAUUGAAUUUACUCUGCCUUCUGUGACCAACACAAUUGGAAAACCUACCUAUAAAGGUAAAAGAAUCACUACAAUACAGACAUAUGAAAUAAAGCUUUAUGCUAUAUUCUCAUUGUCUCUCUUUACCAACCUCAAACCUCUAGGCUUCCUCCUCCAAACAACCAAUCUUAUGAGUAAGGUAUCAUUUCCCAAACCUUUCUUCAAACAUGUAAAAAUAUAUAUGUAAACAGUGGUUUGUGGUUCUGAAUAACAACAGGCUUAUAUGCUUAUA